AUGCCUCCAUCGAGCUAUUUCCAGCAGUGGCCGGAAUUCCCUUCCAAUGUACCAGUCGCCAAUAUGUCAAGAAUCUCCUUCAAGAACUUGCAAAGCAACAAUUCUAACGAGUCUGCGAGACUUUUUGACGCAUGCAGAGAUCAAGGUCACUUCCUACUUGAUUUGAAAGAUUCUAAUAACGGAGAGACCCUGUCUAGUGAGGCAGGAUCUAUGAUGGAUGUUGGUAGAGAGACACUUGAUCUUGAUCAACAGAUUUUGGAUACGUUCAUGUAUAAGCCACCAAAGAGAAUGAUACAAGCCAUCUCGGACUCUUCAAACCCCGACGGACGCAUAGAUUCUGUCGAGUUCUUCGCUAUUUCCCAAGAUGAUGCCGUUGGAAAUAAACAACCACUUACUAAUCCGCAGCCAGUAGAGCAUGACCGCGAUAACAUCAAUAGUUUCUUCGAACACGCUCACGGAGCACUCGACCUAAUCCAUUCCCAUUUAGACAUGAUGAUGGGUUUAGCGCCAGGUACACUUGAAGCUUUGAGCUCUAUCAACAAACUUCUGACACAAGCAUUAGAAUGUUGUGCACUCGACCCAAAUCAGUCAAAGAGGAGUUUGUCACCCUCAACAACCAUACAUAAAUUGGCUCAAUUACAUUAUUGUUCACCGUUUGUGGUGGCCUACAGACCGGAGCCCGGUUGCGUCAUUGUUCUAAUCGGAGAUACAAUGGCUGCAGCGACAAGAUCGGGUCUAGGAUAUUUCCUAAGACCUUCUCAUACUACGAGAAUGUCUAGAUUGGUUAGCUACAACGGCACUAUCCCUAUGCUGGCACCGGGAGAGGUCGGAGAUGAGCGCGGUGUACGUAAUGGGCGCAGUGGAAAGCGAAUGGAGAUGUAG